AUGGCGCGCAAGACUGCAACUUCUGAAGCCACCUUGCCCUGGGACUUGGUGAGUUGCUUUUCCUUGGGCCUGGACUUCCCUUCUAUUGGCGAACAGCACCAGCUCUAUCACGAGGCCUUUGUCCUGUCGCUUCUUUCGGCGUUGCCCCAGAAUGCCCUUGUUGUUUACAUUGCUGCAGCCAAACAGGGCGAGUUUUUCCUCAAGCCCGAGCAUCGCCUCAUCAUGGCCUUUGGAGACUCCGAUGAGCUGGCGGUAUGGGGAUCGCUGGACCCAUUAGUGCACCCAACAGCUGUGUCAGGAAAUGCGGACAUGCUUGUGGGAGUUUGCGUGACAGAGCCCGGUAUCAGGAGGUGGUCCAUCCGGGCUGUUCUAUCCGGGCUGUUCUCCGCUCGCCCUGUUGGCGAGACUCGGCCCCCCUUUGACUUCGCUCUGCCGCGUUUCGCCCAAGCAGAAGGCACCUUUGGCCUAAGUACAGUAGAUGGGUCGCAGGAGCUGCCAGCCGGCGCCCUGCUCAAGCGCAGCUUCUUGAGCUGGAAGGAUAUGGUGGCCUCGCUGGCUUUGCUCCGGGUGAAGCUGGAAAACGUGCACCUGAAGGAGAAGCUCAAAAAGCAGGAUGCCAAGUCUCCAGCCUCCAUCAGCUCCGGACGCGGCAAGGUGUCGCCAACAUCGCCUGGUGGCAAAGUCUGCGUGGACCUGAACUCACCAGACCGCGUGGUCAGAUUUGGCAUCUCGUCGCCAAAGGUUGUGACACCAGCCAGUUCUCCAUCUCUUGCUUUGGACGGCGUUGCGGAAGAUUUUCUGCAGGGAUCCUUUGCCUUUUCGGCCAGAGCACAGGCUUCACCACUUCCGAUCUUGACGCCCUCGCCGGUCGCUCCAACCAGAGAGGCGCCCUCUCUGAUUCUCACUUCGUCGCCUUCGCCUCCGCUGGUCGAAUCGACCACUGGGCGCGAGGCGGCAGGCAGCUGCGCUGACAGCGCGACGACGCCCUUACCCCGUGCUGAGCUGCAGGAGGCGGGUGUUGUCGACCAGCAGGAUGAGGCGUCGCUUCGACAAGCCUUGGACGGUCGUCUGGCGCAACUGCAAAGAGAGCAGCGUAGAAGCCAUUGCCUCGCGCAGCUUCAAGUCCGCUUGCAGCAGCGUUUGCAGACUGAAGAGCACAUCCUGCUUCGUCUUGCCUGGCAGGCGUGGGAGGAGUUUGAUGGUCAUGCAGGCAAAGACAAGGCUGGGGCCAAGACGCGCGUACCCCAAGUGAUGGACCUGGACGCGACAGGCAUCCUUCCCAACGUGACGGGCGCGCAGCUCGAUAGCCCAGUGGUGCCCUUGCAGGAUACUGUUGAGAUGGAUGGGUUGCACGAGCUGCAUUACUCGGAGGAGGACGUUGUGCACGGCGACCGGCUCUGGUCAUCGAUGAGCUCAGAGGAUGUUCAGGCCAACAGGCAGCUGGGUAGGCAUGUCGACUGCUUCGCAGAGAAUGUGGAAGCUGCCCCAGAGCUGUUCGAGAUGAUUGUCAUAUGCCGGCGCUGCCACUUGAUCAACGGAGAACGAACAGCAAACGAGUGCUGGGUACCCCGUAUCAAGAUACGGUUGCUGGGCUACCCAGACACGCAACAGAAGCUGCAGGCUUCGGAUUCGUGA